GCAAGUUGUAAAAACACUUAAAAAACAACUAAUGGAUUCCAUGGAAUCACACCGACCCUGCAGGUUAUUACCAUUACUGAGUCCUCCUCUUCCUCUCAAAAUCGUUCUUCCUGGAGAGACAACUUUCCCGGAAAACGAAAGAAAAAUCACUGCUUUCCCAGAAAAUGGUCGAGUCAGAAGAGGAAAGCCAAACUCAAGCCAUUCCGCCAAAGUCAAAGAACACAGUGGACGACAGAGAAGCUGCGCUCAUGGAGUUUGAUGCUUUUUGGCCGUUGGAUCCGAUUCACUUUCCUUCUAACCCCACGUCCCCUCCUUUAUAGGGUGGUGAUGCUGAUAAUGAUGAUAAGUUCGCUGGACAAGUUGAUCAAGCUCUUUCUGACCGUCCUCAAUUCAGUUCCUAUUCAAAUAUGCAAUGAAGGUCGCCAAACUGCAUUGACUGAAAUCUUGGAGAUACUGACAGUGGUAUGUGAAACUCACAAAUUACCGCUUGCUCAGACCUGGGUUCCUUGUAUGCAUCGCAAUGUUUUGGCUUAUGGUGGUGGCCUGAAGAAGAGCUGUACUAGCUUUGAUGGUAGUUGCAUGGAACAGGUCUGCAUGUCCACAACUGAUGCGGCAUUCUACAUUGUCGAUGCUCCUAUGUGGCAUUUUCGAGAGGCCUGUGUUGAGCAUCAUUUACAAAAGGGUCAAGGGGUUGCUGGGAGGGCUUUUUUGUCCCGUAACGCAUGCUUCUGCAGAGACAUUACCCAGUUCUGCAAAACUGACUACCCUUUAGUACACUAUGCACGCAUGUUUAAGUUAACCAGCUGUUUUGCAAUCUGCUUACAGAGCACUCAUACUGGAAAUGAUGAUUACAUUCUAGAAUUUUUUCUUCCCCCGAGCAUCACAGACAGUUAUGAACAACAAACUUUGUUGGGCUCCUUAUUGGCAAUAAUAAAGAAUCAUUUCCAGAGUCUCAAGGUUGCUUCUGGAAUUAUACUUGAAGAGGAAGGGCUUGUCGAAAUGGUUCAAGCUUCUACAAACAAGGGACUUGACUCAAGACUUGAAUGUAUACGUAUACCCUGUUCCUCGGAAACACCACCAGGGCCCGCCUUACCUAAUGGAGAAGAGAUGGUGCAGCUAGAUUCAUCAAAGCCACAGUUAAUGGUGGACUUUGAUCCUGCAAAUGAUGGGAGCAAUGCUGUUGAUGAGGGUGGAGAAAACAAUAUUUCUUGUCCAGAGAAUAAUGACAACAGGGAACAACCGCAGCAAGAUGGCUCAUUUUUUCAACUAGCUAGUGUUGAAUACUCCUCGUGCAUUGGCUGCUUCCAUGGUUCCCCAUCCAUCUGCAUAUAUGCAUUUCUCCGAUCCCCACCCCUAAUUUCCAACUGAAUUGCAGCAGCCUAAUACCAGUGUAAUUUGAUCAAUACAUGAGCACCAAAUUUCCAACA